AUGAGUGUGGCUACUGUCUCUCCGAUUUUGCAUAAUAUCGAUAACCUUGUUGGGUAUCUCAAGAGGGGAAGAGGGUUAGAUUGUGAUUACAGUGACUUGGGAUUCAUAGAUGAGAGGACAAAGAGGCCUAAGAUAGAAGCUAAUCUGGGAGUUCCAGAAGAGGCAAGAUUUGCUUCUGAUGAAAUUUCCAGGUCUUGUGGUGUGAGACUUGGGUACAUACCCAAGGGAUUGGGGCUUAAUGAUGAUGUAAUCGAUCAAUUACGCAACGAAAACACUAAAAACUUGUUGUUGAACCAUAAGAAACUUCAUUUGGUUCUUGAUCUAGACCACACCCUGCUGAAUACCACCUUCCUUGAUAAUAUGUCACCAGACGAAGAAUAUUUGAAGACCCAAACCCAAUCUGAUCAUUCUCUGCAAUAUGUUCACAUUGUGGACACUCCCAGUAUGCAACUGAUGACCAAGUUGAGGCCUUAUAUUAGGACGUUUUUAGUGCAAGCCAGUCAAAUGUUUGAGCUGUCCAUAUGCACAAUGGGUAAUCGAGCCUAUGCGCUCGAAAUGGCUAAGCUGCUUGACCCUGGAAAUCAAAUCUUUGGUGGUAGAGUCAUAUCGCGUAGUGAUAGCACAGAAACAGAUCGAAAGCGUCUAGAUGUCCUGCUUGCAAGAGAUUCUGCUGUUGUGAUCCUUGAUGAUACGAAAGAUGUAUGGACAACUGACAACCAGGACAAUGUAAUAGAAAUGCCAAGAUACCAUUUCUUUAGGUCUAGUUGUCAAAAGUUUGGCCUCAGUAAUGGUAAGCCUUAUUCUGAGUUGAAGACCGAUGAAUGUGAUCGGUUUGGAGGAGCUUAUCUUGCAAAUGUACUCCAACUUCUUAAGCAUAUUCACACCAUAUUCUUUAAUGAAGUUGAGUUACAAGGGUGGGAUCUUAUCGACAGAGAUGUGAGGCUCGUGUUGAAAAUCCUAAAGAAGGAAGUCUUGAAGGGCUGUAGAAUUGUUUUCAGCCAUGUCUUCCCCUCAAAUGUCCAGGCUGAUACUCAUCCUCUGUGGAAGAUGGCGGAGGAGUUAGGCGCUACUUGUUCAACACAAGUGGAUCCAUCAGUCACACAUGUGGUUGCAGCCAACGCCCGAACACAGAAAUCAUGUUGGGCAGUUAAAGAAGGAAAAUUUUUGGUGAAUCCCCAAUGGAUUCAUACUGCAAAUUUUAUGUGGCAAAGGCAACCUGAAGAUAAUUUCCCCUGUCAUUAG